UCACAGUUUUAGAACAAUUCCCACUUCCCCAGAAGCCUCCGUUUUGUUGGUAUUUAUAAGACGCCAUUUGUGUGGCCGUUAGGUAUUCGUAGCCCAAUCCAUUGGAUUUCCCGCAAUCCAAAAAACCAUGUCACUGUCCCAACCCACUUUAAAUAUCGCAAUAUUUUUAAUUCAUUUGAUCAGCCCACGACUACAAACAAUAUUUUUACGCCACCUUUUUUGAUCAAUACUGAGUGCCAAGAAACUCAAAAAUGGCUAUGGCUGCCUCGGUUUCGACAGCAACUGGAGGUGUUAAUGCAGUAGUGCCAGUGUUGAAAGUGAAGGGUUCUAACCCAAGAACCACCUUUUAUGGCAAGAGGCUAAUCAUGGUGAACUCUAAAGCAAUCAGCGACAAGAUUUCGUCCGGGAGUUUUAAGGUUGUAGCAGAAGUUGAUGAGAAGAAACAGACGGACAAGGACAGAUGGAAGGGUCUUGUAAACGAUGUAUCUGAUGACCAGCAGGAUAUCAGCAGAGGAAAGGGAAUGGUGGACACACUGUUUCAAGCUCCCAUGGGCAGUGGUACUCACCAUGCAAUCAUGAGUUCCUAUGACUAUAUCAGUGCCGGUCUUCGCCAGUACCAAUUCGAUAAUAAUAUGAAUGGCUACUACAUUGCCCCUGCUUUCAUGGAUAAGCUCCUUGUUCACAUAGCCAAGAACUUCAUGAACCUGCCAAACAUCAAGGUUCCACUCAUCCUGGGGAUAUGGGGAGGUAAAGGUCAGGGGAAAUCAUUCCAGUGCGAGCUUGUUUUUGCCAAAAUGGGAAUCAACCCCAUUAUGAUGAGCGCUGGAGAAUUGGAAAGUGGAAAUGCUGGAGAGCCUGCUAAACUGAUUAGGCAAAGGUACCGUGAGGCAGCCGACAGAAUUGCAAAGGGAAAGAUGUGUGUCCUCUUCAUCAAUGAUCUUGAUGCAGGGGCUGGUAGACUUGGUGGAACUACACAAUAUACAGUCAAUAACCAGAUGGUGAAUGCAACCCUUAUGAACAUUGCUGAUAAUCCAACCAAUGUUCAGCUCCCCGGUAUGUACAACAAACAGGAGAAUCCUCGUGUCCCUGUUAUAGUCACCGGUAAUGACUUCUCAACAUUGUACGCCCCUCUUAUCCGGGAUGGUCGUAUGGAAAAGUUCUAUUGGGCACCAACCAGAGAAGACAGAAUUGGUGUUUGCACCGGUAUCUUCAGGACAGAUAACGUGCCUAGAGAGGACAUUGUAAAGCUUGUUGACGCUUUCCCUGGACAAUCUAUUGAUUUUUUUGGUGCCAUAAGAGCAAGAGCGUAUGACGAUGAAGUGAGGAAGUGGAUCGCAAGUGUUGGUGUUGAAAAUAUUGGGAGAAAGCUUGUAAAUUCCAGGGAGAAACUCCCAGAAUUUGAGCAACCAAAAAUGACCGUUGAAAAGCUCCUCGAGUAUGGUUCCAUGCUUGUCCAAGAGCAGGAGAAUGUGAAGAGAGUCCAAUUAUCGGACAAGUACUUGAAGGAGGCAGCACUUGGAGAUGCAAAUGAAGAUGCCAUAAAAAAUGGAACCUUCUAGAAAUGAUUUCUAGCUUCCCUUUAACUGUUUAAAAUGUAUAAUUAUCUUUACCAAAAAGAAGCAAAAGUGGAAUUAAUUUUUCCAACAAUUGAAUUUAAAUCUUACUCCAACUUCAUAAUUUAAA